ACCACAGAUCAAUCGGAUAUUACAAAAAUGAAGACCGAGCCAGACGGCUCCUUCAAGCGUCUAGACGCUUCAUUUCGCAACACAAUCGAACGUGGCGGCAGAUUUGAGCCUGAGCGUGAUCGGUAUUACCUCUAUGUCUCAUACGCCUGCCCUUGGGCUACGAGGACGUUGAUAGUCAGGAAACUGAAGCGACUCGAUGAAUUCAUACCGGUCACUGUGGUGUCCCCUCGUAUGGGCACACACGGCUGGCCGUUUGCCAAUGCCGAUCCUUUCCCUGGUGCAGAUUCUGACCCGCUCUACCAAUCCGAGCAUGUCAAGGAUCUCUAUCUUAAAGCUGAACAAAACUACGGCGGAAGGUUCACCGUCCCUAUUCUCUGGGAUAAGAAGUUGCAAACAAUCGUUAACAACGAAAGUUCUGAGAUUAUUCGCAUGUUCAAUGUGGCUUUCGACGAAUUCAUCCCCGCUGAAAAGGCUGCUUUGGAUUUUUAUCCAAAGGAGUUACGUACCGAGAUUGACGCGGUCAAUGAAUGGAUUUAUCCGAACAUCAAUAAUGGCGUGUAUAGAUCGGGGUUUGCCACAACUCAAGCCGCAUACGAAAAAGCGGUGACCGAACUUUUUGACGCCCUUGACAAGGUCGAGAAGAUCCUCACUGGAAAAGACUUCCUAGUCGGAGACAGGCUCACGGAAGCCGACAUAAGGCUUUGGGUCACCAUUAUUCGUUUCGAUCCUGUUUAUGUGGGACAUUUCAAGUGUAACAUACGCACUAUCCGUGAUGGAUACCCAGCUAUUCACAAAUGGAUGCAAAAGCUUUAUUGGAAUAAUGACGCUUUCGAGUCCUCCACCAACUUUGAUCAUAUCAAAACUCACUACUAUUGGUCUCAUGCUGCCAUUAACCCAACACGCAUUGUCCCUGUAGGGCCAAUUCCCAACAUCAGGCCGUUGUAAAAAUAGACCAAAUGCCUAAAGUAUUGCUCAUAAGUAGCAAAGGGUUGAUUCAGCGAAAAAUCAUCUGUAAAAUCUAGCACCGUUUGUAAAAAUAUUCGUAAGAUGUUC